GUAACAGAGUACAGUAAAAGAAAAUGAAGGAAAUUACAUACAUUGUACAAUAUCUAUGUAUCCAGAAUUACGAGUUAAACAAUAACAUAGCUCACAGCUCAGCCUCACCCACUCUGAAUGCUACUGGGUGGCGAGUCAGUGACUCAGCUACACAAUUAUGUGUCUUCUCCACAGAUAUUAUUCUGCGUUGGCCCUUGUUUAGGAUCUUAUUUUUCGUUAUUCCUCGUUCAGUGAUCAUUUCGCUUAACAAUCGGUUUUCAGGAACGCAUACUAAUCGUUAAACGAGGGAUACCUGUAAUAACGUUGGCUCAAGUUAAAAUGAAUACUAUAUUAUUUUGUCUCUGUGUUGGAGGACUUUCAUUGAAGCUAUUAGAAUCUGUUCAAAAUUAAUUUAGUAAUACUGUAUCUUUAACCAGUAUUGGCAGGUGACUACACUACGUGCUUAAAGUUUCUCAUGCGGUACCCAGCUGCUGCUGAUGUUCAGUACAUCAUACAACUGGCACUUCAUCUUCGUAAUCCUAAAUUUCCAAGACCAGCUGGAUAUUCAAGUACAGUUCCACAUCACAUCCCCACUGUUGGAGGUCGACCGGAUGUCCAUCGUGGCCCCCAGCCAGUAGCACCAUCUGCUACUUUUACAAGAUCAUCUAGUGUUCCUCGUACACAACAACACGUUGCUUCUAAAAAGACAUCGGAACAAAUUUCACAUAAUACAGGUUCAUUACGGAGGUUAUCAUCCCCCAAUGCUUUUACUGAUCCUCUUGAUGCUGCUGUGAUCUUCAGCAAUAGCCUGAGCAACAGUAGAGGUGAAGGAACAAGUGGUUGUGAUAGUAGCAGCACUAACAGUAGUGUUAGUAACAAUCAAGGAACUACCAGGGCCAGCAAGGUUGUUUCUGGAUUAGUGAGACUUGGCGGUAAACUCGGAAGACCUAGAGAUCUGCCGGUCUCACGGCACCUGUCCAUCCAGUCAUCCCCGACUCCAUCACCUGGCACAGGGUUGGCAGUUCGAUCCCGGGCGCUCGCAGUCCACCCAGCUGUAAAUGGGUACCCAAGUUUACAACCUGGGGAAGUGAAUGCGGCCGAGUGCAGUACUGGCCAUGAUGCCUCUUUGUGUACCAAAGGCUUAGUAUAGCACAGUUUGUCAUUGAUAUCACACAGUUAUGGACAGAGCUUCUGGACAACCACAUGGUAGCGGUGCAGGGUAGAGGACAAACAAUGCAUUGUUUACCUCUUACCUUCAAUAUUAAAUUCAAAUAACUGCUGCGACAAUUAUUAUCUUAUUAAAGGACAUAGAACAAAUUACAUUAAAGUAUAACAGCUGUCUGCAUAUGAACUAUAUAUUUCCAUUGAGAUGUUUGUCUUCUGUUCUGAUGUUGCUGUGUUGCUGCUACGCUGUUGCCACAUUGUCUCAAAUUUAUU